CGCAAAGGCGACUGACUCUGGCGUGGGCGCGCUGAUGUCGGAGGCUGAGAAGUUUGCUGCAUAUGUCGCUGAAGCCGCUGAAAAAGAGGCGCCGGGUGACGCAGCUAAACCACUGGGGUUGGCCGCCGGCGAAUUAGUCGACAAAGCCACGGAAGUCGAUCGAUUAGUGAGCGACGUUGAUGCCAACAUGAAUGCGGACAAGCGCGCGGAGCCCACAUUGGUGUUAUUGAGGUUGCAGGCCAAGGAGCUGGCCGAUGAAGUAGCGAAGGUCGGCGACCAGGAGACGAUGGCCCUGUCCUUUCGCAAGGUCGAUCGCUGGAGUUAAGAAGAUGGCUAGUCGUGGCACAUUCUUGCCCUUUCUCGUCAUUGAUGAGUUUCUCCUCAGAUGCUCAUAAGUUUGGUACAAGCGUAGUAUUUCCUUAAAUAGAACAUUCACAAAACAGACCUCUACUUUUCAUUGAUUGUAAGGCACGCGACGCGUAGAUGCUGGCCUGAUUCUAGCUCUUGGUAACACUUUUUUGAAGCUGCUGAUAGAUGCAGAUUUUGGGAUAGGGCUCUUGUCAGUCUCAGUGACGAGAUUAGACAUCGCAGUCACGUCUGUUAGCAUAGUGAGUGCUUAGCCUUUUAGAAUCAAACUUAACUUCUUGUACAGGUAGGUACGACUACGACACAACCAACGCAGUCUAGAUGAAGUCCCUCAUAAUUAUCAUUUGAUUGAUUAGGGCUGUUUUUUACCUCUUUUACCCACCAAGCCCUUUCUGUCCGGUCGUUUAGUACACCCUGACUACUCUUUAUUUUUUAGUCCUAACAUCUACGAAAAUUUUCACUAUGACUGCUUUUCAUGCCAUUUCUCUAUAAAGAACGAAGAAGUUGCUUUCUCAACGGUUACAGAUGGUUGUCAUGACUGGGUCCUCGUCUGGCCUCCACUCUGACGCUUCGAAUUUUAUUUCUGACUCUAUUAUUUGCUUUGAUAAUAUAUUUUAUCCUCUGUUUUCGAUGCGGUGAAGGCGUGUUCUCGAUGUUACUCCUGGUUCUAAUAAGAAGACCUCUUUCCGGAGCUGCGACUUUCCCGCAAUUGUCUCUUGGCAGUCGUUAUGAAGGUCUAUGUGUUAUAAUGCGGAAGCAUACUUAGAUAAUCAUGAUUAUGAAGCACUAAAUCUAAUCCGUCUAUUAAGCUUUUCAUUUGGCUCAAUAUGAUUGUGCCGUUGGUUAAAGUUGGCCUUGCUCUACUUACCAAAGUAGUGAAUACUGCUUCUAACUGCGAGGUUAGUGAAGUUAAACAACCUACAAUCUAGCUCAUGCUCCAUUAUAUACGGUAUAUGUUGACUUGUUCCCAGAUGAAUGACGUAGAGAAAAACUGCUCGCUUCAUAUCCUUAUGGUGUACUCGAACUCUGUAGUUGUUCCUGGAAAAAGUUGCAAUAUUACAAGACUUAUGCUUGUAGAAUUUUGCGAUAUUAGUAUGAGGUUCUUGUCGUGUGUAAGGAGUCGAAAUUGAUAGACGGUCAAGAUAUAUUGCGGUCAUGAUAGUCUUGAUCGGAAUCAGGAACAGGCACGACGCAGAGCGCCAUGAAAAUCCUUACCGGCUGAUAAGUUUGAGUUUAACAACACGCUGAGUUAAAAGAUAGACUAUCCCCACUCGGUAUGCCCUUCAGCUUUUUAGAUUUUACUCUUGAUAAUUCUCUCUCUUCUGUAAGUAUGCGUUCGGAGUUAGUAUGCUAGCGUUCUUGCAGUGAGUUGCUUUGACAGAACAUUGCUGGGUGAGAUUUCCUAUUGCAAGAUGAGAGGUUCCAUGACAUGAUGUUGAUUCGCUUGUUAUUUAUGGUCUAAUCAUCCGCCGUCGCCGGAAGAUGGAAUCACGCUGUCGACACCCAAGAAAGUAGACGGGGUCGAGGAAACUGAGCCGCGAGCAGAACCAGAAGAGGAAACUGAGCCGCGAGCAUUUUAAGGCAUUUGAAAAAACUUGAUAACGACGAGGAAACUCGACUAACAUAACUUUGACUUGUUUCUUAAUUCUACUCACCCGGUCAGAAGACGAGUACGAGCUCCAGUUCUCAACGAUAACAACAAAACAAAACCAAAAGUUUAGUAAUCUCGAAGUACAACAAGUUAAGAAUAAGAGGGAUUAUCUUUAUCAUGUCAGGUGGAGGACUAGUUCUCAGGCUACUUUUUUAAGAAUGAUCUUCUUCAUCUUCCCCGCUCAUUCUUGUUCAACUUUUCAGUCUGUGUUCUAAUGAUGAAACACGCUGAACUACGACGUGGAGAAGUUUAUCACAGACUGCAUGCGUCUGGAUAUUGGCAUGAGGCGCAACGUCAUGCCACAUAUCUAGACUAUCGGUGAAUGAUGUUAAGGCUGUACUUUGACAAUCAGAAGAGCAUCUUACUAAUUUGAAGGAAUAGAUCCAUAGUAGAGCUUUUAGUUUCACUGAAAAAAAUAGGAGCUAUAGCCCUGGAUGAUCGUGUAAGUCAGUCAAUCAAUCAGUGAAUGAGUCAAUUAAUCAGUCAGUCGAUGAAUAUUGAUCUCAAAGCUCAUCCUCUUCAGAGGCAUAUCCUCUCCUGUCCUUGGUGGAAGGCUUGAUAUUUUUGUCUGAUGAAAGUAGAGAUAGGGAAAGGAAAAGUGGGCAUAGAGCUAGGGACAUGCUCGAAAUCACCAAAACGCAAAAGCACUCAAAAUGUCAACUAACAGCGACAGAACAAAUUGAAGACUCCUCCCCUGCCCCUUUUCCAACUUGUGAAUGGGUUUACUACCACUACUAAUGUUGCUACUACUACUACGACUACUACUACUACGGCCCCUACUCCUACUCCUACUGCUAGCACUCUACUACUACUCCAACUACUACUGCUACUCCUGCUACUCCUACUCCAUUGUUGUAAAAGUAAGUCGCGAGUUUUGCUUUUGUAUGGUCAUAUUCCUAGAACAAGUCAAGAAGGAGUAGCCACUCUUUCAUCAUGAUAGUGGCUACCUCCUAAGUAGUCAAUGUGAAAUGGAAACGAUUUCAUCUCUCAAUAAUUGUCCUACAAAAGUUCAAGUUGUGCUCUGAGAUACUUUUGCAUCACAGAAAUCAAAAGGUUUAGCUGCAAAUGUUUGCCUAUUUAACUCAAAAAUGAAAAGCUAUGUACUAUAUUUUAUAAGGACGCAUUGAUAGAUAAUAUAAUCUAGAAUCUAGUCAAUGUGAAUUUUCUAUGUACAACCAAGAAGUUAGAUGCUCCUCUUCUAAUGACCGAAAAUAUAGUAGGCUCCAUGGAGGUGGUAGGAGGAGGGCGAUAGGGUCCAUGGAGCCGGUGGUAAGUGGAGAAAAUGGGGUGCGAGUGGCUGGUGGAGUUGGGUGGAAAAAAGCAUUGGGAGUAGUGCAAGAGGGAAUUGGGAAAGAAGGGAAAUAGUGGAAAAGCUAGGUGAAGAAAAUGGGGAGUAGCGGAAGAGGUACUUAAGUAGGUGAAGGUCAGUGGAGAGCUAGGUGGGUGGAAGAGGAGAAUGGGUUGGGGCUGGAAAAGGUAAGGCAAAAAGGAG